AGGAGGAGGUGAACGAGGGAAACGCCCCCUUUCCCUCUUGACCUUCCUUGACGUCCGCCGGCUUUUCUCACGGUGCUAUGCCGCGCCCUCUAGCGGUGGUCCAGAGUUUUGCUCAUUGAUCUCUCCUCCAGAACCCGGAGGAAACCGCAUCCGCAAGCGGCAGGUUGGGCGAAGCAAGCGCCGCGGGAAGAUCGGCUCUCCCUUUGUCAUGGAAAGGAAGCUGGCCCGGGAAUUCAGGCACAAGGUUGACCUCUUAAUCGAUAGUGAAGCAGAGAAAGAUUAUCUGUAUGAUGUACUGCGGAUGUACCACCAAUCAAUGAAUCUUCCAGUAUUGGUUGGUGAUCUGAAGUAUGUAAUCAAUGAUCCCAGUCGACUACCAUUGUUUGAGGCCAUUUGUCCUCUUAUCCCAUUAAAACACCAAGUGGAAUAUGAUCAGUUGACACCUAAACGAACAAGGAAACUGAAAGAAGUGAGAUUGGAUCGUCUGCAUCCUGAAGGCCUUGGAAUAAGUGUGCGAGGAGGUGCUGAAUUUGCUUGUGGCCUGUUUAUUUCACAGCUAAUAAAAGGAGGACAAGCAGACAAUGUUGGACUUCAGGUUGGAGAUGAGAUCGUUCGAAUAAACGGUUACUCUAUUUCUUCAUGCACUCAUGAAGAAGUCAUCAAUCUUAUACGCACAAAGAAAACAGUAUCUAUAAAAGUGCGACAUGUUGGGAUGAUACCCGUUAAAAGUUCCCCAGAUGAACCUCUCAAGUGGCAAUAUGUAGAUCAGUUUGUAUCUAAUCCUGGGGAUGGUCAAAACAGCAUUGCAGGUCUUGCAUCAUCCGGAGGAAAACAUCAUAAAGAAAAGAAGGUUUUCAUUAGCCUAAUUGGUACAAAGGGCAUGGGAUGCAGUAUUUCCAGUGGCCCUACACAAAAACCUGGCAUUUUCAUAAGCAACGUUAAACCAAAUUCUUUGUCUGCUGAAGUAGGGUUGGAGGUUGGUGAUCAGAUUGUUGAAGUAAAUGGUACAGACUUCUCUAAUAUGGAUCAUAAGGAGGCUGUGAAGGUGUUGAAAAGCAGUCAAACCCUGACAAUCACUGUUGUAACUGGAGCUGGCAAGGAACUGUUUAUGACUGAGGAAGAGAGGCAAAGGGAAGAAUAUAACCAUGAGAUGGAGCGCCAAGAGUUAAUGCGUCAGAAGUGGCUUGCCCUGGAAACCAACAAAAUCCUGAAAGAACAGCAAGAAAAAGAAAAACUGCGGAAAAUGGAGAUUGCACAGAAGGCUACUGAGGAAGAAGAACGAUAUCGUAAAGAAAUUGAACAGAUAAAGGCAGAGGAAGAGAAGUUCAAAAAGCAGUGGGAGGAAGACUGGGGUCAUAAAGAACCACUAAAGGCUGCCAAAACUGUAAUUGCAGAAGUACAUUCUCCACCUCGUCCUAAACAUCGAUCUUUUGGAUGGUUCUAUCGGUAUGAGGGAAAAUUUCCUACUAUUCGCAAGAAAGGGAAAGAAAGAAAAAAAGCAAAAAGUGACAGUCUUAGUGAACAGAAGAAAAGCAAAAUGCAACUGGAGUUUGAACUAAAACUUCUCAAGGAAAAAGAAGAGAAGUUGGAAAGAGAAAAACAGUUGAAAAUCAGCCGAUUGGUUCAAGAGGUGUCUGAGACUGAACGAGAAGAUUUAGAAGAAUCAGAAAAGACUCAGCAUUGGGUGGAAAAGCUCUGUCAAACACGUUUAGAACAAAUCUCCUCGGUGGAGAAUGAUUCUCCUGAGCAAUUUACUCCAGGCACCCCUGCCCAGCGUCAUCCAGAUGUACCUAUAGUAUCCAAACCAAUUAUGCUGCAUCCUGACCACAAUAUUGUAGUCAGACCAACAACCAAAUCAGAAGCUCUGCCUCAAGAGAUGUUUAAAAGGAUGGUGGUUUACAAUUCAUCAUUUAAAACUAACAAAAAACAAGGCUUCCAAAAAUAUGUGGAGGACUUUGAUCCCUAUACCAUGUUUUCACCAGACCAGAUUAUGGGAAAAGAUGUACGACUCCUUCAUAUAAAAAAGGAAGGAUCAUUAGACCUUGCAGUAGAAGGUGGCAUUGAUUCCCCAGUUGGAAAAGUAAUGGUGUCUGCUAUUUAUGAGGGUGGUGCUGCAGACAAGCAUGGAGGUAUUGUGAAAGGAGAUGAAAUAAUGGCUGUAAAUGGCAAGGUUUUGUUGGAUGCUAAACUGGAUGAAGCUCGGGCAGCUCUUGCGAAAGCAUGGAAUGUGGGAGGGGAUUGGAUUGACUUGGUCAUUGCAGUGUCCCCUCCCAAGGAUUAUGAUGAUGAAAUGACAUUUUUUUAACAAAAUGAGAGAUACCAAAUACAUCUUUUGAAGAAAGCUACCAAUGAAUCAUCAUUCUUACCAAGCUACAAAUCUUGGUACAAAAAAAGUACAAAAGAAGAAGUACAAACAAGAAGAACACAAGAUAAAUCAAGUGACUCAGGCCAAUAUGCUUUUACAACAAUGUAUCAUGUCAUUUCCUCCCAUAAGCUAUUACUGUUGCCCAGUUAUACAGUAACAUAUAUAGGCAAAAAUUCACUGUACGUGAUAAAAAAAACCAAAUGCUAAUUUUAAAAUGAAGUGCAAUUCAUACAAAAUCUUAUAGUAACUGUCAUUAUUACAAUGGAGAGAGUCAUUUUUUUCCAUAAGUAAUAUAUUUAUAGUCCCAUACAUAACUGAACAGAAAUAAAGUGAAAUCAGUGGGACUUAUUUUCCAGAAUAUAAAAAUUGUGGGGAGACAUGAAAAAAGAAAGAUGUAGCUGAAAAUCAGUUCUAUAUUCUUUUGGGAAUUUUUUUUCUCAGUUAUAAACUACCUUUCUGCAGACUUUAUGGAAAGAACCUUAUCUUUUACAAUUAAAUUAAAAAAUCUGUCCAAUUCAGCAGAUUUCCUUUGGAUCAGAGUUAAAGCUGUUCAUUGCUAGAAAGGCAAUUUUAAAGUGAUUAAAUAAUACACUGUUCCUAUAUUUGGCUAACUUGGUAAUCCAAGUUCUGGUAAAAUCAAUUAUACAAUUCAUGUGUCAGAUAAAUUAUACUAGUGAAAUUCUAUUGGUUCAGACAAGAGCAUCUGCAGAAGUUGGGGUACAAGACACUACCAUCAAGUUUUUGCCAUAUUUUUUGCUGUGUCAUCAGGUGACUGAACUGCUGAAUUUCCAUUAUAAAAUUUGUACUUUAUUGUAGGUGAUUAUUUUAUAAUCUUCAGGUACUACAGAGUAUAAAUAUUUAAUUUUAAUGUGAACCACAUGUAUCAAAGUUUAUAUUCAUGAAAUUAUGUAAUAGGCAUUUUGGAAUCAAAGUCCUAGAAUCAAAACAAAUUUUCAUUAAAAGAAUCAUACAAAUUUAUUCUGA